AUGGCUCUUCCUUCGUUAAGUCUCCUUCUGAAGAUCGCUACGGCGCCAUGGGUCAUUCUCAAGACCACACUUGAGUACUACAUCACGGGUACCGUCUACACCCAAACAGACCCCGAAUUUGACUCCUUAGCAAAGAACUUAAAUGUCGCCACGGCAAUUCAUUUGGCCCAGGGUAUCAGAGGCAGAGAUGCUGAUCUCGUCAUGGGCCUGAUGUACUCCUACUUUGCCCGCUACAAGAACAUGCCUGCUGUACUGGGACUACCGCAUUACGGAGAGAAGGUUGUGGACGAGGAGACUUUGGCUUGGUUGGUGCGGCCUGAGGGUGCUAAAAAGGCCAUUCUCUAUCUCCAUGGCGGUGGCUACCUGUUCCCAUUUGCCCCUCAGCAGUUUGCGGGUAUGAUAGGCGUAUGGUACGCUGUGGACAGCGAAAAGCGCCAGGACUUGGCCAUUGCCAUGUUGGACUACCUGGUCACGUCACACGGAAAAUACUAUCCUACGCAGAUUUUCGAAGCCGUCAAGGCGUACCGCCAAUUGGUGGAUCAGGGCUACGAGGUUAUUCCAAUGGGAGACUCAGCUGGCGGUAACUUGGCGCUUGCAGUGGCCCGUUUUGCAGCCUACCCUGCCGAAGCUGAAGCUCAAUUCUCACGCUACACCGACUUUAACUGGGAAUUUCUGCCUCUCCCGGCGCCUAAUACUUUGGUACUCAUUGCUCCUUGGGUGCACACUGAUAAGGGAGCUGCAAUUUAUCCUGGCGUGAACCACGACGGUGAUUUCAUCAGGCUCUCGGUCAACUCCAAGGGUGAUCUUUACAUCACAGGGCUGGACCGCAAGGCUGUGGCACCGUUUGUGGAUUUCAAUGGCACUACAUAUGAGGACCACUGGGCCAAGGUGCCUGCUUUUGUGGACGGCGCCAUACUUUACAUCUACGGUGAAAGAGAACUUCUUCGUGGAUCUCAAGAGCUUUUCGCCAAGGAGAAGGACAAGGGCACAUUCACCACAAAGAUGCAGCCGGGUGGUAUUCACGAUGCCAUGUUCGUUGUGGAUGUGUUGGACGUCAACCUGAAGAAAGGCAUGGCCGACGUGGUUGCAGGCAAGCACCGGUCCAAGUUCAAUUUUGGAGCUGUAGGUGAAUUUCUCGAUAGCCGUCUCUAG